AGGAGGCUUUCAGGUGGCAGAAGCCCCGGCGGGGCCCCUCCCCCGCCCCAGCAGCGGCGCCCGGGCGCGCGGAGCGGGCAGAGUUUCGCAGCCCGGGUGGGAGAUGCCGCUCUGGCGCUGUCUCCUUGCAGAUUUGCAGCCAACAUAAUGCUGGAGCUCCACAGUCGAAACAAGCAUUUCACAGAAUGGCACAGUCAGAAUUUAAUUUGGAUCAUGAAAUAUCAUGGUUUGUGCUUCCCUCUUAUUGGGCUAAAAUUAUUGUUGGACUCCUUUCCUGCAUGUGCUUUGCUAACAGCUACGAUGGAGAUUUUGUCUUUGAUGACUCUGAAGCUAUCCUCAAUAAUAAGGACCUCCGGGCAGAAACUCCACUUGGUGACCUGUGGCAUCAUGACUUCUGGGGUGGCAAACUCAGCAGCAAUACCAGCCACAAAUCAUAUCGACCACUUACGGUCCUAACUUUCAGAAUUAAUUACCUUUUUGCUGGAGGCUUUCACCCGGUGGGCUUUCAUGUCCUCAAUAUAAUACUGCAUUGUGCUAUUUCUGUGUUAAUGGUUGAUGUCUUCUCGAUAUUAUUGGGUGGGCUACAAUACAACAGUAAAGGAAGAAGGCUAAAUCUUGCUCCAAAAGCAUCUCUUCUAGCUGCUUCACUGUUUGCUGUGCAUCCAGUGCAUACUGAAUGUGUUUCAGGGAUUGUUGGCAGAGCAGACCUGUUGUGUGCCCUGUUCUUUUUGUUGUCUUUCCUUGGCUACUGUAAAGCCUUUAGAGAAAAUAAGGAAGGGAACCACUUUUCUAUAUUCUGGGUACUGGCGAGUAUUCUCCUUGGUGCAAUAGCCAUGCUGUGCAAAGAACAAGGAAUUACAGUACUGGGUGUGAACGCUAUCUUUGAUGCUCUGGUGAUUAACAGACUAAAUAUUUUGGAAGUUAUUCAAAAGGUACUACAUAAAGACAAAUCAUUGGAGAGUGGUGGCUUGUUUAGAAAGGGACUCUUCUUCAGGAUAACUCUUCUGUUGUUGGGAGGGGCCACGAUGCUCUGCAUGCGUUGGAGAAUUAUGGGUACAGGACCACCUGCUUUUACUGAAGUAGACAACCCAGCUUCGUUUGCAGACAGCUUGUUUGUGAGAGCUAUAAACUAUAAUUACUACUAUUCGCUGAAUGCAUGGUUGCUGCUGUGUCCCUGGUGGCUGUGUUUUGAUUGGUCAAUGGGCUGCAUACCCCUUAUUAAAUCAGUCAGUGACUGGAGAAUAAUUGCACUAGCAGCACUUUGGUUCUGCCUAAUUGGCCUGAUAUGCCAAGGUCUGUGCUCACAAGACAGCCAUAAGAGAAGAAUUCUUACACUGGGACUGGGAUUUCUUGUUAUCCCUUUUCUUCCUGCAAGUAACCUGUUCUUCCGAGUAGGAUUUGCUGUUGCAGAGAGAGUCCUCUACCUCCCCAGUAUUGGCUACUGUAUGCUACUUACAUAUGGAUUUGGUCUGUUGAGCAAACAAGCUAAGAAAAAGAAAAUGCUUGCUGCUGCGGUUCUUGGGAUCCUGUUGACUAACAUGCUGCGGUGUGCUAUCCGUAGUAACCAGUGGCGGUCUGAAGAACAGCUCUUUAGGAGUGCUCUAUCAGUGUGCCCUCUCAAUGCUAAAGUGCACUACAAUGUUGGCAAAAACUUGGCUGAUAAAGGCAACCAAACAGCUGCAAUCAAAUACUACAGGGAAGCUGUAAGAUUGAACCCCAAAUAUGUACACGCCAUGAACAACCUUGGAAACAUCUUGAAAGAAAGAAAUGAGCUCCAGGAAGCAGAGGGGCUGCUGUCUUUAGCUGUGCAAAUACAGCCUGAUUUUGCUGCUGCAUGGAUGAAUCUAGGAAUUGUGCAGAACAGUUUAAGAAGGUUUGAACAGGCAGAACAAAGCUACUGGACAGCAAUUAAGCACAGAAAAAAAUACCCAGAUUGUUACUACAAUUUAGGACGGUUGUAUGCAGAUUUGAAUCGCCACAUAGAUGCAUUGAAUGCAUGGAGGAAUGCUACAGUUCUGAAACCAGAGCACAGUUUGGCUUGGAACAACAUGAUUAUAUUACUUGAUAAUACAGGGAACUUAGCACAGGCUGAAGCAGUUGGAAGAGAAGCCCUGGAACUGAUACCUAAUGAUCAUUCUCUUAUGUUUUCUCUGGCAAAUGUACUGGGAAAAUCACAGAAAUAUAAGGAAUCUGAAGCUUUGUUCCUCAAGGCAAUUAAAGCCAAUCCAAAUGCAGCUAGUUAUCAUGGUAAUUUAGCUGUGCUUUACCAUCGCUGGGGAAAUCUUGACUUAGCCAAGAAACACUAUGAAGUCUCUCUGAAGCUUGACCCUGCUGCACCCGGGACCAAGGAAAACUACAGCCUCUUAAAAAGAAAACUGGAACAAUUGCAAAAGAAAGGCGAUGUCUGAUGUUUCUUUUUAGGCUGUCAGUGCAUGCUACAUACAUUUUAAAUGUUACAUGGAUACUUUUAACCAUGUAAAAGAUUCAGUCACACAGUUUUUAAAAAUUACAGCACCACCAAUGCACACUCAAAUACUUGAUUUGAUCUUAUAUUGGAUAUAUGGGGGUUUUUUUAGUUCACGCAACUGUAAAUUCAAGAAUUUCACCUCAAUAUUAGUUAUCUUUCUGGUUUUUUUUUUAAUUUAACUGUUUUAAAGUCCAUUAAAUACACUGACAUGGGUAUAUGAAAUGUAGGCUUGAGUUUCACAACUUUUCUUCACAACACAGUAAGUAAAUAGCAAAGUUUAUUUUCAUAUGCUGUUGACUCAUUCAUCUGAUUUUUAGUAGCAGGGUAGAAUAUUAAAAUGCAAAAAGUGACUGUAAAAAUGGCACUCACCUACUUGAAAAUGUGAUUCCUUACAUAUAUGCAGUCAUAGCUAUUCACAUCAGAGAAUGAAAUGGAUUCCAUUUGCAUAGCACAUCAACAGAAUAGUUAAACAUUACAACUGUAGGUCCAAAUUCUGUCCUCAUUUGUGCUGGCGCAAACUCGUUGGCAAAUCUGGAGUUGGCAAAAGUGUAAAUGCAAUCAUUUGACAAGCAUAGGGUUAUCAACUACAUGUGAUGGUGCACUUGGUCAAUGUAUUUUAGGGUGCAAGGACCCUAAGGACAGAGUCUUCCCAGAGCAAUGUAGUGUAACAAGUGGGCAGCAGUGUCUUAACAGUGCCGAUCCAAGGUUUUCCCCAUCAGCCUCUGCUGGCGGAGUUCCCCUAGAACCAUUCCCAAAUAGCAGGUUAAAGUUGUUGUAACCCUUAUGGUAAGAUGGUAGGGCAAACGUCUAUGCCAGGGGUUAAUCUUUAUCCUCUUGAGUAUAGUAGCUCCCACUGGUUCAGAAAGUUGCAACUUGGAGUCCCUGUGUCAGGGAUGAACUAAGCCCAAAGCUGUUGUGCAUGUGUAAUUGACACAGAAACUAGCCUGCAGAAUCCUUUGCUACUGGCACUGAACUGAAAGAACUCAAGAUUUGCUUUCAGAUCUUAGGAUGCGUUUGCUAAAGUCAUGGUUAGGAGGAAAAGUCUUUUGAUUUGUAAACUGAGAAAAUACUAUAUGGAAAUAACUAAGAUACUUGAACAGCCUCACUAUUGGAGUAUGCUGCAUUUCAAACUUAGCAGCACUAAGGAGGGAGUUAAAUGCUAUUUGUGUGCUAGUAUUUUAGCUCAUUGUAAUAUUGCUGUUUCAGUAAAUAUUUAUCUUUUUAUAAAGAAAUGUGAAGGACAGUCUGUUGGAUAUGAGAAUUGAGAUUUGACUACCUCUUUCUUCAUGUCCCUGUGUUCUAUAUUUUUUCCAUAGGAAGAAACUGAUUCAUGCAAUAUUUGCAGAUUUCCUAACUUGUGUGGUAAUAUUGUAUAGGCAGUUCUGGAAUACUCUUAAUAUAUCACUCACCUAAAUAUGAAACUGUUUAAUACGUAAGGUGCAUGUCUGCCAUAGUAAAGAAUAUUACAUGACAUUACCCUUCUGAAUACCACGUAAAUAUUUUACAUCUAUAGUACAGCAUUUUAAAAUGUUGUUUUGCUUGUAAAAGCGUGCCACAUUUUUAACUAAAAUACAAGUGGCAAGUUUUUAUAGAUAUUUUAUAUUCUGUCCUACAGCUCAGACUAAUAUGCAUCAGAUGUAGGAGACAUUGUGUUAAAUAGGCCUCUAGACCAAAAAAAAAAAGAUGGAUUUUGCUAUGGAAACUAGUUUCUAGCAGACAAAAGAAAUGACUUUUCACAGAAAAAGCCAUAUUUGUUUAUUCAUGUCUGAUGUAAUUAAGUUCUAAAUUAUUGUUCUUGUCAUGCAGUUCAUAUGUAUAAUCAUCCUUAUUGGCAUGUACUGUUAGUUUUGUAUUAAUCCAAUAGAUCAAUAUGAUACCAAGGGCAUGAAAUCUGCAUUUCAUUAAGCAGCAAAGCAUUAUAUGCAUUCAUCUUGGGAUGCUGACUUGUCCUCCUACUCUGAAUUUCUGAUGGAUUGGACCUCCUCUUUUUUACAAGUUAGUAUUUAAAAUGUUGGUUUACUUUUCUAGUACCAAUCUUAUGAUCUCUUCUUGAUUUAUUUUCAGGCUAUUUAACAUCAUUUAUCUUUGUGUUGGUCUUCAUUGUUUUAAUUUAUAAUUCAUUAUUUAGUGCAAUAAAAAUUGAAAGGUAAUCACUUACAUGAACAUAACGAUAUACUUAAGCCAGAGUAUAAUAUUGGAGCUCAAUUGGCUUCUGAAGAAGCCAAUGUAUAAGAUUGUUUAUAUAAAAUACAUAUAUUUUUCAAGAACUAGGGCUGUAAGCUUAGGCUUAUCAGGUAGUCAAGUCGCUACUCGCUCCCCCCCCACUUUGCCUUGCUGCCUCUGUAUCUGGGGCAGCAAGGGGGAGGGAGGGAAGCAGGAGCCGGUUCUCUGGGAGCCAACUUCAAAGACCUGGCAGGAUUUUACUACAUUUAAAAUGCAGAGCUGCUGUGGUCCUGGAACUAGUGAGAGUCGGAACUCCUUGAUUAGCUAAUUAACCACUACUUAACAUUCCUAACACUAAAUAGAAUAGCCAAUCCAUGUUAUCCUCCCAAUUUGCAGUUCAUUCUCAGGGUAUUAGGAUUAUUUAAAUAUUUACAAAUGUACCUUUUUAAAAUGUUUAGAAAAUAUUGCCUGCAAGAGAAAAAUAUAUACAGGGAGUCCCUGUUCACAUGGGGUAUUGUGUUCCUGAAAAAGACGAUGGAUAUCGAAACAACAUUUAUGGGGAAAAAUUCCCCAAUAUGAAAUCAUGGACUAAGGAAGGUGAUGCAUUCACAACUUCACCACACUCAUCUAUGACAGUGUUCUUUUUUCCUAAAUCAGGGGCAGGGAAACUUUUUUUGGGUCAGGGGCUGCUGACUCACAGAAAAAUCAGUUGGGCGGGAGCCAGUGAGAGCUGGAGUACUAGCACAGGCUCCCCAAUGCUAGGGGGGAGGAGCCCUGAGCUCCAGGGGCUGGAUCUAGGCAAGCCAGGGACAACAUCUUUAGAUUCCCCACCCCUGGCCUACACAGUUCCUUUUUACAAUGGCAGGUUAUACAGUGCACAUUUUACACAUAAAAUAAAGAAUAAAAUAGUGUAGACCCCUACUAACACCAUUCAAACACGUAGAACUUUUCAAUACAAUAAAUAAGGUACAGUAAUAGUAUAAAAAAGUCAACUAUGCUAAACUUAGAUACGAGUGGUGGGGGUUUUCUUGGGCUUGCUUUUUGAUUACAGAAGUCUUAAGAUUUUAUUGAUGUCUAUGAAUCUUUGAAUGAUAGAGCUCUCUGUAGCAAAUUGCUGCAUUAGGAGUCUUUGAGAACUGUCUGCCAAAGUUUCCAAGAGGAUCACCAUUCUGCAUGAUUUCAUUCAUC